GAUUUUUAAACUUCUCUAUAGCGACGCUGCAAGAUAUUACUAUUAUACUUCUAGAUACUAAGCCAUUGAACAUGCUCAAUUUUUUUUCAAGGGAAUUCAUGUAUCGCUAUGGUCUGAUAUUUAUGUGUGCCUCUGCUGCUCUUGGGCUGAUGGUGGAUAACUCUUACUCGAAAUCAUGGGAUUGGAUGAGGCAAGAGUACGACAUUUCUCAGACCUUAAAGAAAGAUAAAGGAAAUCGAAUCGAAUGAUAUUUUUAUGAUGCUUUUUUUAUAUUUGUUCAGCGGAAAUCCCCUAAAAACUAUCCCUGAAAUAUGACGUUGGCGCUUUGGAUUACAACUUUGAAUCGUAGUGCUGAAAAAAGUCGAGAGAAUGCUGGUAAAGGUGACUUCUUUCCUUUCGUGGCCCUAAGCUUGAUUUUCUCUGCAUUAGAUUCGAUAUUUAUAUUUCAUCUGUUUAUUAUUAUUAUUAAUUUGCAUUAUUUGUUCACUAAAAGGCGCGCUCUGCGAGGACUACUCAACUUCUUGUUCUUUCUCACGCAGGGUUAGUGUGUGUGUGGGAAUGACAACAUUGACUGACCAAUCAAAAGCGACCGCGAGGCUUGUCUUGCGUUUUUGAUUCCUUCCUUUGUGAUUUGAAUGUAGGAUGACAUCUCUAUUUUUUUUAAUGAAUCCGUUGUCUUUUUUCUUUGUUUUUAAUUGUUCUUCAAUAUUUUUCUCAACACUUCCGAUAAAGCCUUUUAAGCAAGAAGGUAUUCUUCCUCACUACACGUUUUUCCCUCUCCUUGCUGCACACACAAUAAAAUACAAUAGUAGCAAGUGAACCAAGAAAUACGGUGGCAACCUUUGUAGCACAAUACUAGAAGUGAUUAGGAAUUUCUGUAUUCUUUUAAUAUUUGAGUCCUAGCUUUAUUACCAAAGACAUUUGCUUCCUAAAUUCUCAAUAGUUAUGCAAAGACGAACGAUACAAGGUAUAUUGCAUAUUUAACUGUGUAAGUAAGCGAAUUAUUACCAUAUCAAAGGCAAGCGAUCAACUGAAGUUCUCAUCCAACCGAUAAUCUAGUGCAUUAAAAAGAAUACAAAAAAUCAGUCAGGAUACUGACAACAUAAGAAGAAAGACCAAGAAUAAGUUAUAUUUUAUUGACCCACACCAUAAACCUUUAAAGCAUCUAUUCAGUGAAUUUCUGAUCCUAAAUAUAGCGUAGCACAGACUUCCCACGUUAUACACACGUUACGGAUACCCAAUUUUAGCUAUUGUAGGAUUUUUCAAUUUAUGAGAUUUUGUUUUUAUUUUUCAAAAUUUGUUGGGUUCUUUACUAUAUUUCUACAAAUCACCUGUAACACUUGCCUACAGGGCCAAUAGUACAUUUUUUGUAAGUGCUUUCCAGCUCCCAAGAGGAAGAAGUGGAUUUCUCAACAAAGCUCUCCAAAUUUUAUUUUUGCUGUUAGUAAUCACGUACAAACACACGCUCACAUUUUCUUGCUUUCGUUCUUUUUUUUUAAACAGAAUUGGUGCUUAUUUUUUCAGUACUUGCUACUUGUCUGAAGAUUUUUAUAUACUCGGACACUCACAAACAUAUAUAUAUAUAUAUGUAUAUGAAUUUUCAUCAAUACUGCACCCAUUCUGCCACUUUUGUAUUGAAACAAAAAAUUAAAGAAUAAGAAAGACAUAUCACAUUUGCUUUAAGUAAACCGGACAGCACAUCGCAUUUUUACGUUGUAGCCAGGAUUUUGCGCGUGCACGUACACAGGUCUGUAUUUCGUUAUUACUUUUAGGUGGUAAAAUUCACUAGUUUAGCAAGAAUGAAUAAUAGGAAAUUUGAAGGAGCUUGAUAAGUUUCUUUUCCUUUUUUUUUAUAUUGAGCUGAGAAAAGCGUUGUCAGCGAAUUUUUUUUUUUUUUUACACCACAAAGGGUGCUCUGGACUCAAAUAAUUUUGUCUGUAUCAUCUGAUCGUGUGAUUUUAGAAUGAGAAUAGGAAAAGAAAUCAUAUAAUUUUUGGACAUACUUUUUUUUGUGCCUGUGUAGCCUAAAGCAAAUGAACCCAGAAAUGAGGUUUUGCAACAGGGCUGGCAACAAGAAGAGUAGUGAACUUUCGCACGAUUUGUGUUGUAAGAAAUCGGAUGGGUUGUUUAACCAAACACAAUUUGGUGGUAAACGUACCGGCGGAAGUGGAAAUGAUGUACGAAAUAGUAGUAAUGAUAUGAGCUAUGCUUACAGUUUCGGUGAAUGCGCUCAGAAGUGUAGCUCAUCUCAGACUCUAGCCCACUUACAAGGCUCCAUCUCGAGCGUAUCAGAUUCUCAAAUUCUCUCUGAUAUGAGCUACAAUGAUUGUAAGGUUCAAAGGGGUCACCAACCAGAGUCGGAUCAUAUGUUAAAUAAUGUGAAGAACAACGUAAUGAGUGAGAAAUGCGACAACGAAUCUUGCGCUAAAUACAAAGGAAAAGUUAUGAGUGGGCGUGGGGUUAUGAAACGUCAAGUCCAUUGUAGUACUUUCAGGAAGGACGGGGAAGCGAGGAAAGGGUGUGAUAAGAGUGAUAUGAUAAGGGAACAAGUUGGCAAACAUGAUGCAUCAUCGUUUGGAUGCCGCGAAUGCUACGACGAAGACGGCACCAGUCAUAUGGACGAAGAGGAUACAUUAGAUUCAAGUGAGCUCUCGGCGAACCGCCAUACUCCUUUGGUCUUUAUGCAUAAUAAUGAGAAAUUGAGCGAGUGGAUACAGCCGGAUCUGGAAAACGGGAGCUCAUUUUCUACAGAUGGAUGUGAUAUCAGAGCACAAUAUGUCAAGGAAUCUAAAUUAUUAUCAGGCAGACAGAAGACACAAAUUACAUCAGGUUCUUACUGUGUGAUUCUACCACGCGCGCACGGCGUUAAUACCAAACUUUUGAGGACAGCCGACAUUCGCCAAUCUUCACCAACACAUUUCAACUUACUAUCGCUAUCUAUCAAGGAUGUACUAAAACCUUCAGGUUUCUUUCCACUGCAGCAGCAUCGGUCAUUGCUGUUCGAUGAGGCAAUAAAGGCCCUUGAGGAGUCGCUCUUCCAGACUGUAAAGCUUGAGCUUCAUGGUAUGAGUGCAGGGGGGACCUACAUGGUACAUCGUCUUCCUUCUUUGGAUGUGAUUGAUUGUCAAAUGGGUAGAAAGGGUGUAGGCCAGCGUGCGCUGGCCGUUUUCAAACCUCGUGACGAGGAAAUUGGCCAGGAACGUAACCCACAUGGAAACUCUCGGAGCGAUCGAGAGGGUUUUAUGCCGGGCAGUGGUAGCCGCCGCGAGGUGCUUGCUUAUUGCCUUGAUCACGACCAUUUCGCUGGAAUACCUCCAACCCUUGAGGUAUCGGCGGUGUAUUGCUUUGAUGUUUCUCAAAAGGAUACGAUGUGCCCUAAUUUGUCGGAGAUGGUAGCUCCUAGCGUGAGUGUUGGGAGCCUACAGCUCUUCGUCCCGGACUGCAUCGAUGCAGCAGAUGUAUUACCAGGAAAGUUCCUCGUGAAAGAGGUCCAUGCGCUUGCAAUUUUUGAUAUUCGAACACUAAACAGUGAUCGACACGGCGGCAAUGUCCUUGUCAGCUAUGAGGAGGACGGUGACUGUAAGGUGAAGGUACCGCAUUUAGUUCCUAUUGACCACAGCUAUGUAUGCCCUGCCGGCUACGAGGAUCCAGAUUAUGAGUGGCUGUCCUGGCCGCAGUCAAAAGUGCCGUUUUCUACAGAAAGCUUGGACUAUAUACGAAAAUUGGACGCCUCCGCUGAUGCGGACCUAGUGGCUGCGUCCUUAUCGGCCAACGGUGUUGACCAGAUGGCCACUACUUUCCCUAGUCAGCAACCCUUGCCGGACAGCUUUGAAAGUAACCCCUCUUCCACCACCGCACAAAACGUUUUACAUUUAAGAAAUAAGCAGUGGAUGAUAGAAGAACUUUGGGUGAUGAGCUCACCAUUGCAACAGCGUCAUACUACUCCUUAUGCUUACGAAGGCUCUUCUCAUCCGAACUUUCCUAAGUAUCCCAAGCAUAACGAGCUUCCUUGUGACCAACGUGGCGCUGAGGAUGUGAGGGCGGCGGCAAACACGUUGUACUGUGCCACUCGGCUGCUGCAGGUUGCGGCACUGGAGUUCGGGUUAACGGCUUAUGAUAUUGGAAACAUGUGCCGCCGACCGCGACUAACGUGUCCCUCUCUCCUGGAAGAACUGAUUGAGGGUAGUCUCGAUGAAAAGACUUGGGAGACGGACCGUGACAUGUUUGAGUUUCUCUUGGUGAAAAGACUAGAAGUUGCUGCAGCAUCUCUUGUGGAGAAGUAG